AUGUCCGAUACGGUCGACACUGAAACGAUGAAGGUGUCCGAGGCAGCCGACCAGGUGUCCCCUCCAAAAGACAACGCCACCAAGUCUGAGAAUGCUGACCAGAGCCAGGCCGGCAAAGAAGAACACAGCAGCAACAAUAAGAGGGAUGUACAGGUAAGAAGCUCUGACAUCUGCCUCCUUUUUGUUUUUCAACCCUCCUCAUAGAUGUCCAGUCAGGUUAGUUAUAGGUGUCUGCAGCCAGCCCAAAGCAUAGGACACCUGACAACUCACCAGACACUGUCACUUUCCCUCCAAACUCAUCUCCAUGAAAAUUCAGUAACAGUCAACGUCAAACGCAGACUGCCCUGGGGAUCUCCUGUCACCUGCGGCAUUCAGGAGGAUUUUAAGCCAACUCCUUCAGCAACCCAAAUUACUCCUGAAAGUAUAAUCUGCACAGACUAAAAUAAUAAUGUGGAAUUUGAAUCUGCCUCGCCGGUGCUCUUGAGGACAGUCCGGCUGAGUGUCUUCACUUAAAUCUGUGUGGCUGCUGAGAAACUUCCAUGUAGAAAAAAAACAUGAUUUUCUUGUGGCAAAUGUCGAAAGUUGAGUAUUCUCCAUGGGAGACAUUAAGCGCUAAAUCCACUGGGGAUUCAGGGCAGAUGAGAUCACUUUCAAAUAAACUGCUAAUUAAUUAGGUCUCUGUGUCACUUCAACAAAUGCGCUUUGGGACUGCAGAAAAUUUGCACUUUGUAAUUCGGCUUUGAAACUAAACCUGGUGCUGACUUGUUUGUGCUCACAGAGGAAUGGAUGCAAAAAAAGUGGAGGAAAAAAAAAGGCCAAAUGGUGUGAAAUCACUUCUAGUUCUGGUCAAGAAAAACAAAAUCCAGGCAAGGAAAAGGAUUGUCUCUUUGGCUGCAGCCUGGAAAUAGGAUUCAGGCCAAUCUGGCCUUGUGGUGGAAGGCAGACAGAGCGAGGGAGUCAGGCAGGCAGAUAAUCUGGAGCUCAAAUCCUGGCUUAUCUAUCAGCUUCCUGUGUCUCUGUUACCCCGAGGAACAGAAUGACACCGGUAUGGGGGGAAAGGGGAGGAGGAAGAGGGAGGAAGGGAUGGGUUAAGAGGUUGUUAGAAUGAGGGAUCAGAGAGGAGGAAGGUAAAAGAGCACGAGGGAGGUGGUAUAAAGGAUGUAAGGAAAGGAAAAAAAGGAGGGGAUGCAUGAGAAUAAAAGUCAAAGAUUAAAUUUUCAAGGUUUUGUUUUAGCCGAAUCUGACUCUUAAAAAAUCUGUAGUACCAUGAGUGGCCACAGGGGCUGCUGUUGAGCCAAAAUACACCCAUCAAUAAAAGAAACAGUGCGUCCAAUGAUCCUGACACUGUAUGUUGUUCCCGAACUGCUAAAUUUAUAUCAAGCUUUUUCUUUUGUGAACAGGAAAGUCAUUGGAAAUGGAAAAUUGAAAUUUGAAGGUGGAAAUGUGCGUCCAAAAACUCUUUCCCUCCAAUGCUACCAUCAGCACAAGCAAAACUAUCCCUCUCCUUUGACGUCUCUCCCUAAAUCGACUUUGCAAGUAUCCCUGCCUCCUCUAUUGUUUUCAUGACCUCUACAAAUGUAGGCUGCAUCCAGCUACCUUCUUACUAUUCUCCCACUUUAGCUAAAACUCACCCUUGCGUAAUUAUUCUGCGGUCGAGGGAUACGCCGCGAGCACCAAAACAACUGACCUUUCCGCUAGUAAUUUCCAGCAGUCGUCGGUGUGCGGCUCGUUCAGCCGUUUUGCGUGAGGGCAUCGGUUAAAUGCCUGAAAUGUUCUUUGUGGGAGAAAUGUGGGAGGUAGGAAAUGGGGGUAAGAAACACGGGAGGGAGGACGCGGGAGGUGGAACAGGGGCACAAAAAGGCAUUCCAACAGAGAGGAAAGAGGGGGGGGGGGGUUGCAUGGGGGGGACUGGGUGACUUUGCCACCAUCUGCCUCCAGCUCUCCGGCUCCGUCCUCUGCGGCAGGACAGGUGGCUGGUGGCCGCCCUACUUCUGCUGACUUCAGCCCUUUCCCUCUCCCCCCCCCUUUUUCCCAUUCCUUUAUCUCCUGCCGGCAUUGUUCAUUCCCCACCGGCCCCACGCCGCUCAAUUAGCUGGUGUAGCGGUGCGCUCACAGUCCCAGUCCUGUAUCCCCCCCUUCGCCUCUUCUCCCCCUCCCUCCUAUCCUGCAGCCACAUCCAUAUUACCUGAUAUAGCAAGAGGGCAGGUCACAGGCAUCGGAGAUGGGCGAACAGCGGUCCAUUUCAAUUUUUUAUAGGUGUUAUUUGGCCUAGAGCUGGAUGAGGAAGAGGAGGGGUUGUCCUUUUGAUUUUUAGAGGACAGGUGGGAAGGACAGAGUGUGUGUGUGUGUGUGGGCACGUGUGUGUUGGGAUUAGGAAGCAGAGGUCUGGGCUCUGUUACAAUUCCAACUGAAAUGGCUCCUGCCAGGUCUCACCCCCCCUUCUCCCCUUGCUCUCCCCCCUCCUUUUCCUCCACACCUCUAUGCAUGCUACUGAGAGACCGUCUGUUUAUACGUACACACACACACACACACACACUCACAGCCACCAGUGCGUGAAGCGCAGAGGCACCGAGCUGUCUCACACACUGUUGGGCAUCCGGUCUCUCUCUGCUUUCUGCAUCUCACCUCCAGCGCCGGGGUCUGAUUCACAUGACAGCUAAAUGGAGCCGGGAGCGACGCACAAAACUGACCCGAAUCGCUCGCAGCCAAAUGUCUGCCUUUUGUUUUCUGCAGAGUGUGUGUUUUGGCGCGUGUGUGUGUGUGUUACAAAAAGGGGGCUCUACACGCUGCCACUUUGGUAGCAUAUGCUGCUCUAAAAUUAAUUUCUGCUUCCAGGAAAUGGUACAUGUUGGAUCAGAUUUUUCAUGAUAUUUCACGCCGCAGAGGGAUUUUAUUCUUCUCUUUUCGCAGAUAAAUGCCAGUAAUAUAUUCUACUAUGCUGUUAAAAAAUUUCAGUUUAAGUACAGACCUAAUAACACAAGGAUUACAGAAGGUUAUUUGUCUUUUUUUGCUGUCUCGCUAUAAAUUGUUUUGCUCUUUUGCAAGAGCCACUUGCGCACGCAUGCACAAAAUGUAGGCCAGUCAUAUUUAAUUCAAACUUCUCCGCUUUUUCUUUGCCUCCUCUCCCCUGCAAACUUUUGUGGUUUGUUUGAUUUUUUUAUUUCAUUUCUCCUGUACACUGUUUUUCCCUCCCCUCCCUUACCUUUUGGACAGCCUGUGAAGUACUCCAAGGUACGGUACGCUACGCUCGACAUGCAUGCCGUGCAAGGAUGCUCGAAACCUGUGUUAUGUGCACUUGGAUUGCGUUGUUUGCUUGGAUUAAGUUGGAAGUUGUCCCUGUGUUUGCCGUCAAGCAGGUUGUCGUCACACACAUUGUAUCAGACCUGUACAGUUACUCCAUUGCAGUGUGUUGAAAUGCCUUUUAUCUGAAUGAUAGCCCAGUUUAUGGUUUGAUAUGCCUGAAAAAACAACAAGGUGAAAUCCAUUUCUAUCGUGCUUGCUGGAUUGCUGUUGAUGUUACCUCAAAGAACCAUGAGAAGGCCUGAGGUGAUGUGAAAGUGCUUACUCCAUUUGAAUUGAAGAUUGUUUUGAUCAAGCCAUGUGGGACAAUUCGCUGCCACUGGUCUGCAUUUACCCAAGCAGCGAAAAGCUCAGUCACUCAAGGCGGGGUUUGUCAGCCAAAGCGUGAAAUAUUGAUUCAGUAUGAUUUUGCUUGCAAGAAUCCAUCAUGCUCGCUGGAUGCUCCUGUUUUUUGACUUUGGCUCGUCACUGUGAUGAUAUUGAUGCAGUUAUGUAAGCGUGUGCAUGGUUUUUUAACUGUGCCCACCUACCCGCAACCCCAAUCCCCCCACCCCCCUUCCGUAGUCCAACACCAGGCUAAAGCUGGUGCGGAGCCUGGCAGUGUGUGAAGAGUCCUUCCCUUGCCCUAUCCCUGAGCCUUCAGCAGCGCCUCAGGUAACAUUCCCUCUGAAUUACCCGAGCUUAUCGGUGCUGAGAUAUGAUGUUGAACAAGAGAGAGAGAGAAAGCAUGCAUUGAAGGUGAUGAUAGACAAGAAGGAAACCACAUACAAGUGAGCUUUUAUCUCUAGCGGAAGAAUAACAAAUGAUUUCGAGAAGGAAGGAGAUGAUGCUAAAGGCUUACAAUGUUAAUAUCAUGUUGGAUGUCAAUAUUCUGCUGUAUAUUAACAUGUUGCUUAUUAAUAAGUGAAAGAACAGGAACACUAACUCAAAGAUCCCCAUCCUGACCUGGAAAAAUAAGGGUUUGAAAUAAACGAUACUUGAUAUGUAAUCGACCAUUAAAAACACCUUAAAGGUUGGUUGGGUAAGUCACAAUAAGAAAUAAAAAAAAAAAAAACAGACAUAUUUAAACUGAGAUAUCCUACGAGAAUCUACAAUAGGACUUUCUAACAACGAGCAUCUACUUUAAAGUGCUGCUUGGAUCAAACCAACCCGAUGGAUUGAUGUUGACGCCAGAUUGCUCUCAUGUAUGAAUAGUUCACCAGCACAGUACAACAGCACCCAUACAGCCAUAAUUCAGCUUCACUACCUUAACGACAGGAGGAGAUAGAAGUGCCCCGUCAAUAUCUAUGUACAGUCGAUGUCUGAUUUAGUGGUUCUGCAAUAAUCUACGGCCCCCAAUCCUCAAUUUCUGAAGAAUUCGCCACGCCUAUAAAAGUUAAGUGUAGAAAUCUGUCAGAGCGCCAUAUUGUUAUUAAAUCACUCAAACACAGUCUGAUCAUCUGAUGUGGUUUGGAAUUGGAUCUAAUCUCAUGUUUUGUGUGUAACUGCUGUAAAAUAUUUGUGAUAAUUAAAUAUGCACCCACAGGAUGAGUCAAUUACGGGCGCAAUAUGUAAAAAAUAUGAAUGUUUCUUCUUGGGUCUUGAGAGAGUCCAGGGUUUGAAUGAACUAAAUGAUAUUCAUGUAAUAAAGUGAACAUUAGCUGUGAACACAUCCCUCGUUUCAUCCAAAUGCACUCUCAGAUAAGGUCAACUUCAUCCCAGUCAUCCCAUCAUGCCCAGUGUGACGUCGUUUCUUUGACGCUGCAGUGUAAUUUGUCGAGCUUCAACCCACAUGCGAAGCGCUGAAGUGCUGACCGGGGAUCAGUUUUCCAUUUCAGCUCAUUACAAUCGAGCAGGUAGACCUCUGAUGCUCGAUUAGCGGCCUUCGUCUGACAGCUAUGAUUAAAUACCCAGCCUUGGCCGCCUGAUGAAAACAUCACAUCAUCAAAACAGAGAGAGAGCGCGCAGAGCUCCAUCAGCGUGCCGGACGUCUGUUUGCUAAAUCAACUCCUCUUUCUUUUUUUUUUUCUUUUUCUUACAUCGUAUCUCCAGGCAAAGCCCCCCUCCGAUGAAACUUUCUCCAUUACAUGCUGCUCUGCACAGCUCCCGGCGUGCUUUCACUCACACACAGGCGCACCUAUACACGCACAGGUGUGUUUUUUCAAGGUGUUUCAGCCAGUCAGCACCGAGUCCCAUAACCAGAGGGCGGUGUUAUUCCCACAACAGUCUCGCAUCGUCUGCACUCACACGACGUCCUGUAUUACCGCCAUCAAUCAUGUCGGGGAAAUUACAAUUUCCACACGUCAGCUACAGAGAGCUGCGGAGCGCUCUAAUUGAAUACUCCUGAUAUUUCCCCCGCUACUGUUAUUGGGGCCCCGAGUCAGGACUCCUUCUGCGGCGGACUAACCUAAAGGGGAGAGGUAAAGCAAUAAAGAAAACCAAGGAAAAAAACACAUAAGUGGGCUCCACACGCGUUCAGACCGCAUGAUUGUUGACUCUAAACAUCUCCCAUGAUGCUCCAUUUUGCGUCGUUAUCUCUAAUGUAAGACUGAAGGAACAAACAAAAGGCUGUAAGGAUUUAUAGGCCGUUCGAGACGUUCUACGCGCUUAAACGCUGCAUCUGCCUUCAUAUUGUUCGCCCGGCUGUCAAUUCCAAUCAAUGGCCGAUAGUCAAGAGCGGCUGAAUACACGCUGUACUUUUAUUGUUUCAGACUGACAGCACGUUCAUUAUAUAUUCAGGCGGCCAUCAUUUUCACGCUGUUUUCCCUUUAUCUUGAAGUAAAUGGAUGUCAGGAAACAAAUGAGGCAGCUCGCAACAGCUGCACAUCAACCAGGCGGUUUCCACGUGAUGCCGAGGGUGGCAUUAAGCGGCAAAACAUCACCGUUUCUCUGCCAGAGCGAGAAAGGAGAGAGAGGGAGAGAAAAAAAGAAAAAGAAGCAUGUUUCGCUUUGACAAACACGCACGCACGCACAUGAAGCCGCUGUCACUUCCACAACACACACUCCCAGACUCAUUUUCCCUCUCUCGCAGUCUCGCUCCGGCAAUUAGUCAGUCACGUUUCUCAUUAGCAUAUUACAUUUUCACAUAUAUUCAGAGCGCAUUGAAAUGAAGGAGAGCGCCGAGUCUCAUUAUCUGGCUCCGCAGCUGUUACAGGGGGGAUCAAACCCGUGACCUUUUUUGGUCAUGAGCCGCUCUCCCACCUCUAGGUCACCCCCUUCCCUUUUCUCACUCCUUCAUUCAUUCAUCUCUCUCACGCACGCUCAGAGGACUGUCUGAUGUUCCAGAGUUGUGUUUAAUCCACUUACGGUGCACCGGCAACCUCUCUCCCCUCUUCAGCUUCCUUUUCAGGCUUUUGUAGGAAUGCCUGAAAAGCAAAUAAGAUCCUGUCUGAGCCGAGCGGUCGUCUCGUGUGUGUCUGUGUGUUUGGGUAGCAUCAAGACAGGUCAAUUUUUAGAAGAGCUUGAUCAGCCGGUGCUCAUUUUUGUCGAAUAGAAAGGAAUGAAAUGUGCCACGUUGUUUAAAUCCAUGGUUCUCCAAUCGGCUUGAUAAAAACAAGCUAAUCUCUUCAGUUAAUUGCCAUUGUGAAUUGGAAUUCAUGGACCAAGGGGCAAUAUUGCCAGAGAGGAAACAGGUUUCACAGAUAAACCAGGAGAGUUUAUUAAGUGUCUUACAGUGGCCUCUUUUGCCCGUGCUGCUCGCUAAUUAACCCACAACCUCCGGCAAGAUCACAGAGAAUUAAAAUGCCUCAUAUUUAAUGCCUCCAUUCCAAAUUAAUGUCUGUUCAUCGAUCAGUACACACCAAGGUCACAUUAGGAUUUGAAUCAUGUGCAAACGCCGACAUUCCCCGCACCUAUCUUUGGGGUAAAGUUGAAUUUCAACCAUGUUCUGAAAGAAACUUUUGAAUACAUCAGCAGGAACUGUCUGUGACUGAGUUUUCUGCUGUUUUUUCUUUCUCUCUCUCUCUCUUUCUCUCUCUCUCUCUCUUUCUUUCUCCCCGAACAGGAUGGAUUUCUGCUCAAGCCCUUUGAAAAAGAAGAUCGAGCCGCGCAGGAGCAGUGUGAGAAAGAGGAGAGCUGCAACAAGGUGGACAAGCCAGAAAAAACGCUGAAGAAGAUGCUUUCGAGAGGUGAGACCAUGAAACACUUAAAUGCGCUCAGUUUAGGAGGUUUUGAUAGUCAAGUUUUCAUUUCUAUUCAGUUAGAUCGCAAGUAUGAAAUUUAAAUUAGAGUUUUAAUAUGAUGCAUGUUAAAAAUUCCAUUAUUUACCAUCUUAAAGCAUUUUUUUAAAGUCUAAAUUAAAAUGCGAAGCAGUGCACAUCAGUGUCUUGAUUUAGAUAUCAACCCAAUCGGCUGCACCUGCAUGCUUAGCUCUAACUACAUCGUGCUGAAAGGGAAACUCAUCAGAAUGCUCUUAUAGAAUCAAACUUUACAAUUCUGUCAAACUGCGAUUUAAGGAGUUUGCAUCAAUGGCUCAGAUUUUUAGGUUACAGACCUUUGAGUCCACCUGUCACCAGGGAUGUCUCUGAAAUAGAUCAGCUCUCACUUCUUGGGAAGCUGAAAAAUUUUCCAUUAACAGCUCAGCUUUCUUUACAUCAUGAACACCUGGGGCCUCAUUUAUAAACAUUGCUUAUCCCGAAAAAGACGCACAGAAGACGCCCGGCGAUUCCCAUCCAAAAAAUUGGAAUUUACACAUAGAAACUCGGCGGCAUAAUGUAUGCCCAUCUGUAAGCACCUGCUCCAGAUAUAAUAGAUGCCUAUGGAUGCUUCCGCUCUCAUUUUGGUGGCACUGAAGGAGAAGAUCUGGAACACGGCCAAGUGCUUUAAUGAUACUUAUCACACAAUCCAUGUCACUCAGCUAAAUUACAGCCCUCUAAUAAUUAUAUCCUUUACCAUGUCACCAGAUCAUCCAAUCCUAAACAUUUUUUUUCUGCCCUCCAGUUUGUCCAAAAGCACUCUUCCAUUUUAAACGAUAUCUCAUUAUGCGCCGAUAAUUGGCGUGAUUCAGUUAAUUGCGACAAGCUCAAGGUGUUAAGCAAUUAUACCGAUUCCCACAGGGGCAUAAAGGUGUCUGCUUCCCUCUGUGGAGCAACACCACUGAUGAGGCAGCCUCCAAUUAUAGAAACCAGACACCCAUCGAGAGGCAGGGGACGAGCUCCAGUGUCCCCUGACUCCCACUGACGGGUGCUGUCCUUUUGUUAGUGCUCAGGAACAUGUUUUUCCAGCGUCAACUUUGUUACCCGACCACUUCUUCAUUUCUUAAGUGGCUCAGCUGGCAGCGCUCGCUCGCUGCCGAUACAAGCUGCCAAUUUUUUUUUUUUCCUUCCUCGUAUUGGUCACACCAAUAACAAGCACUAAACAGAAUGGUUCCAAAGCAAUGUCACCCUGAGUGAAAUUUCUCUUCAGAUUUUCACUCUGGCUUUUCCGUCAGCCUUCACAAAUGGACGAUCUGAUUUCAAAGGUUAAACUUUUUUAUUACGGCUGUCAAAAAUUUCUUCAUGGAUCACUCAGACAAGGUUGUUUUGUGUUUUUUGUUAGAUUCCAGUCAAGAUUACACAGAUUCAACUGGUAUAGAUCUCCAUGAGUUCCUCGUCAACACGCUGAAGGGCAACCCCAGGUAUGCAGAACAUUUACGGCAAAAUAACCAGAUUUAAUUUGAGCUCUAAGGGCCUUUUAUUCACCUGAGGAGCAAAGAGAUCAUUUAUUCUGAGUCCAAUUUUGUCCUGAAAAUGUUCAGAAAUCUUUGCAAUUGGAUUUUCUCCCAGGGAUCGAAUCAUGCUGCUGAAACUGGAACAGGACAUCUUGGAUUUCAUCAGCAAUAAUGAGUAAGAAAUAUUCAUUAACACAUUAUCAUGCAGCUUUUUCAUUGAGUUUUUCAUCCUCACCAAACACCACAGCACCUGUUUUAGCAUAUGUGCCAGACAAACUAUGAGAAGGAGAACUUAAUUGGCCAGCCUACCUGGAAACUUCCAUAAAGCUGAGAUAUGUAACUCAAACAUAGUCUUUGAGUUGAUGGAGUUCUCUGAAAUACAAGCGCAGAAGGACGUGAACAUCCUUCAGUUGGGCUGUGAUUGAUGUCACACAAUUAAGAUGCUCAGCAUCCCAGCUGUUAGGACAGCUGAACAGUAGGCAGCCAUAUUUGAAUGUACUGCAUUAUUUUUUAAUGAGAAUGAAUUUAAUGCUGGUCACUAAAUUCUGCUUUAGAUGCCUAAAUCAAAUCAUUUACCAAAUACACGUGUUAGUUUAGAAAUACUCAGGGUACUGGAGGUGAAAGUCACCCUCUGCUGAACUCAGACGUCCUUUGAUUGCUUUCAGACCAGACUCCAGGGCAAAUUUAGCCUCAGAUCAUUAACCCCAUUUCUGCUGAUCCUUCUAGAAGCCAAGAGAGAAAGUUCCCACCCAUGACGUCCUACCACAGGAUGCUGCUACACCGAGUAGCAGCCUACUUUGGCAUGGACCACAAUGUGGACCCGAGCGGAAAAUCUGUGGUGAUCAACAAAACCACCAACACUAGAAUGUAAGAUUUCAUGUGUGUCCGGAUCUGCUUAAAAUUCUCUGUUUGUCUUUGGGAGUGUAACAGUGAAUCAGUUCCAGCUGCAUGAAAAAGUCGUAAAAAAAAAAAAAAAAAUAUAUAUAUAUAUAUAUAUAUAUAUAUAUAUAUAUAUAUGCUGAGAUAUAAGCUGAGAACUGUAAGAUGCAGCUCAGCACGCAGCACCCAAAACGUCAUCAAAUAUCUAAGGAAACAAAAUUGCUUUAUUUCCUGUGAUGUAAAAACAUGCUUUUAUUUUGAAAUGAAGUAUAUGCCACUUCCUGUAAAUACAUCUAUAAGAAAUGCUGGCCUUACGCUAACUUUUAUAGUGGCAGCUCAGCUCGCAGUCCCCAAAACGUCAUCAAAUAUCUAAGGAAACCAAACUGCUUUAUUUCCUGUGAUGUAAAAACAUGCUUUUAUCUUGAAAUGAAGUAUAUGCCACUUCCUGUAAAUACAUCUAUAAGAAAUGCUGGCCUUAUGCUAACAUCUAUAGUGGCAGCUCAGCACGCAGUCCCCAAAACGUCAUCAAAUAUCUAAGGAAACAAAAUUGCUUUAUUUCCUCUGAUGGAAAAACAUGCUUUUAUCUUGAAAUGAAGUAUAUGCCACUUCCUGUAGAUACAUCUAUAAGAAAUGCUGGCCUAAUGCUAACUUUUAUAGUGGUAGCUCAGCUCGCAGCCCCCAAAACGUCAUCAAAUAUCUAAGGAAACAAAAUUGCUUUAUUUCCUCUGAUGGAAAAACAUGCUUUUAUCAUGAAAUGAAGUAUAUGCCACUUCCUGUAGAUACAUCUAUAAGAAAUGCUGGCCUAAUGCUAACUUUUAUAGUGGUAGCUCAGCUCGCAGCCCCCAAAACAUCAUUUAUUUUGAAAUACAGUAUAUGCCACUUCCUGUAAAUACAUGUAUUAGGAGCAAUUACGCUAACAUCUAUAGUGGCAGCUCAGCUCGCAGCCCCCAUCAUCCUAAAACACUGCCUUUUAAUGUGAAUUUAUAAUAACCGUUUAUUCAAACUGAAUCCAGUGAAUAUAAGAUACCACACCCCUGUUUUGGUGUCUAAUUGGUGAUGAAUUUUUUUGCAGCAAUAAGCUGUUGCAAUCAGUCGACAGAUAAGUUGCGUUUCCCGCCUUGCCUGUUGGUUAACAUAUGUUGCUGUCAGCAUCUGCCUGAAAUUAAGCCGCCACUAAAACUCCUGUGAAUUCCCCCACCAACAGACCCGAUCAGAAAUUCUCAGAGCACAUCAAGGAUGACAGGGCGGACGAUUUUCAGAAACGCUACAUUCUCAAACGUGACAACUCCAGCUUUGAUCGCGAAGACAGCACGGUAGGUGUUUUUUUUCCGUCUCUUCUUCACCAAGCUGUCACUUUCAUUCCUGACAUGUUGGUAAGAGUGGGACAAUCUGGCGUCCCUGACAUUGCUGCUAAAGAAGCGUGCGUGUAUGUGUGUGUUGUGUGUUUUUAUCUGCUUAUGUGUGUGUGUAUGUGGUGUGUCCUUGCCAGAUUCGAAUGCGUUUGAAAGCUGACAAGAGGAGCAAAUCGAUGGAGGAGAGGGAGGAGGAGUACCAGCGAGCCAGAGAAAGGAUAUUUGCACAUGAUGUGAGAGCUGUUUGUGUGGGCGGGGUGGGGGUGGGGGCCUUGUUGCACAAAUCUUUGUGUGGUUUCUAUUCAUGUGCAAAUUCAGUGGAUUUCUUGCUUCCAAUUACCACUGCUGGAUUUAUGAAUUUUGAGACGGAGCCGCUCCGGUUUGGAGCCAAACUCUUAAUGUCAUAUUCAUAAGUAGGACUGCGAGCGCGUACAGCGAGGUCUAAUUACCUGUCUAUCUGGAAGUUUUAAUGAUAUUAAAAUCUGAAAAAUGGUGCUAAGGGUAAAAUAAGGUUCAACGUGCACACGGCAGUGAAACAGAGCUUUUAAGGUUUAACAAAUGUGACUAACUGUAACUUUCAUUCCCUCGUUCACAGGGAGAUCACUUCAUACUGGACAGAAGGUGGGUAAUAAAAGGACGCUUAUCACAUGACCAGUGACUCUGCCUCACCUCUCAUUGAGGAAUAAUUCUGUAUCCAGUAUCAGUGAUGAAUUGUCUGUUAAUUGGCAAAAGUCGGACCCCUUUAAAGUGGAACUACAGCUCCUCUACUUUAAAUGAUGUUCAAUCACUUUUAUAGUUUUCCUGUCAGAGGCACAAUUAGAGUCCCCUCUGUCACGCUUUAAAAUGGUGGAUAUCUCAUUUUGUCUGCGCGCCUCUUCUCUUAACGCCUCUCCUCCUCCUCCUCCUCCUCCCCUCAGUGCUCAGGAUGAAGAUGCAUGCAUGAACACCCAACAGAGGCGGCAAAUGUUCAGGUAGGUCCAGCCUGCCCCCUCCUCCUCCUCCUCCUCCUCCUCCUCUCUCUCGUUACACAUCAUUCAGCUCUUUCAGCGGCCCCAAACCGCAGGCAGAGAAAACCCUUUGAAUCGCCGUCUGCCUUAAUCGGCUCGCUCAGGAGCGGGAGUGCUGAUCUGAGGAUUUGUUUUUGCUGCUCAGGAAAGCUUCUGUUUAAUAGGAUUUUCUGGCCAGGCUUCCUCGUGUGGGACGGCCUUUUCGGACCAGAGCCUGCCAAUUAAAGCGUGAAACCUUUAUUUAUUUUUUGUUUGAAAUGUCAUCUUUUAUUGAUGAAGUAUGGAAGAAUGCCUGAACAUGUUUGGCCUUACGGGAUGACUUCAGGCCGGGUUUAAGAUGUCGAAAAACGAGUAAUCUAAAGUCCAUGAAAUAUGCAAAUAUAUCAUGUAGGCAUGUGUUUUUGUUUUCAGUUUUUCUCGACUUAACCGGUCUGUUGCCAUAGAAAUGUACAUCUUGAAGGCAUUAAUUUGAAUUCAGGAUUUUUCAGACUGAAAAGCUGACCCACAAGACUCUGAAUUAAAUUAAGUCUUUAGAUAUGAGCAGAUGAUGCAGAAAAUCAAAAAAUAUGUGAAUAAGAAUUAAUCAUAAUGUGAGAAAAUCAGGUCUGUGCUGAGGGCCUGUAGUUUAUUAGGCUUGAUUUGGCAUUUACAGCACAGACCGGAGCUUUUCCUGCUUUUUUGUUCUGACCAAUCACAUUCUCAAUUCAAGUUUUACACGUAUGAUCAGAGCUGAAAAGGUUGAACAGUUUCCAGAUGCCAUUUUGUGAUUUAAAGGAACCAUAAACGCCAUUUUGACACGUCAUGUUCCGCCUUCUCUCUCCGACCAGGUUACGGGCCAACCGCUCAGGCGCCAGCCGGCAAAGCAGCUCCGAGACGGAAACGCUGCCCCGGCACGGCGAGCCCCGGCCCUGGAGCAGCACCGACAGCUCGGACAGCUCCAACCGGCUCGCCCCGCGGCCCGCCAUCACCAAGGCCAGCAGCUUCAGCGGCAUCUCCCCGGGCCUGGUUCGAGGGGACAGCACGGCCAGCAGCAAGAGCACCGGGAGGCUCUCCAAAACGGGUACGACAGAGCUUUGAACAUCAACCGAAUGACUCAGCUUUUCCAAUGUUUACUCAUUUGACUCCGAAUCUGUCUGCUCGAAACUUGAGGGAGGAACCACAACAGCACAGCGGUCAAUAUUCUGCUGUGUGCACAAGUUUAAUGAAUUGUUUUCCCACCACUUCUAUCAGAUUCAGCUCUCUCUGUGAUUGAUGCUUCUUGUUCUAAAACAAGGCCAAUAACAUUUUACAGGUGAACUGUGAACAUAGUCGCUGGAGUUUCUUUCACUUGGAAGUGAGCAGGCGACUUAUUCCGCCAGACAGGGGAGAAGAAACUCUCUGUCACAGCAUGAAGAGGAAAAAUCCACUAAUUAGAUAGUACGCCGGGUAAAAAGGGAACAAAAAUAGACGUUUUGCAUACCGAGCUUCAAGCGAAAUCCUCUAGCAUCCACGACACCUGAGGUCUUAUCAGAACAGUUGUUUUAUGUCACGCUGCGGUCAGGAAGUCUUUGGGCCGCCCUGCAGCCGGUUAGCUGUCAAAACUAAUCACCAUACUGCAACAAAGCCGAGCUGCGGCUCUCUGAAGCCUCGCAGCGACGAGUUCUCGUGUAACGCGCCAGUCAAAGCGUGGGGGGAGCACCGCACACACCGCCGAGAUGGAGCUAGAGCUGUUCCCCAACUGCAGGUGCUUGCGCCAUAUUAUGAUCCAUUUGUAACUUGACUGGCUGAGAUUAGAUAAAGUGUGUUCUUCACCGCGGGGUUGCCGUCUUUAUCUCCACAAAUACAGAGUCGAAAUCCUUGGUUAGCCUCUGCUCUCCGUUUUUGUUCCCCGCCUGUUUCCAUCUGGCAUUUGUCUAUUUUUGCCAAUCUCUGUUCAUUCUUGUUUUGUUUUUUUUUCCACCCAAAGGUAGCAGCAGCAGCAGCAGGAGCGGGCUCCUUGCCUGAGCAGUUUUUUAAGUUGUUUACGAGGCGGCUGGCUGCCCUCACUUUGUGUUUUUGGGGAGUAUAAGUCGAGGAGACAUCUCGCCUGUGCUGCUGCGUCCUCCUGUGCUUGCCCUUCUCCUAAAGCCCUCGAAUAACCUUUUCUUGUUCCAGGCUGCACGCCAUUUCAACCUGAGCAUGGGGGCUUAAGAAAGAUCCCUGAAGUGAAAAGUUUAUUCUUCCUUGUCUCUGCCUUUAUGAUAUCAUUUGGACCCAGUGUUUCGCUUUAGAGUCAAAGUCACGAUCUUUUCCCGCCUAUUGUUUCUGUUUUUUCCAAAUCCAGCAGUUAAAAGUAAUCGCGUACAUUAACACCACUGAUUGUUGUCCAAAAAAACAAUCCAUCUAAACCAUUUGUCUGCAAACACCUAAAUGAGAAAGUGUAUUAGGAAGUAAGGAGAGAUAUUAAAUCCUAUAGUAGUCCAUGUCCCACUUCUUUAGGGGUCAUUCAGGGUCCCAACCUGACCUCCUCAAUUGUUUCUUUUUUGCUAUAAAAUCUGCCUCUCACUCCAACCCACAUAAGCCAUGCUGCAAACAGUCAUUAUUUAUAACACCAAGGAGACAAUAUCGUAUCGUAACAUACUGUUUCACUUUGUAUCGUCAUCGUAUUGCAAUCUCUCGUAUCAUACUUUUAAUAUUGUAUUUGCACUGUGCAGAACAACAUCAUAUCAUGUGUUUUCAUAUCGCACAAUUUCGUACCAUAUUAUAUCCACUCACUAGUUUCGUAUCGUACCAUUAGUACCAUAUCAUAUAGUAUCAUAUUGCAUCCUAUCAGACAGUAUUAUGUCAUUUUGUACCUUAUCAUAUUCUACUAUAUCAUUUCCCAUCGUUAAAUGUUCCAUUGCAUCAUAUGGUAUAGUACUUUACUGUUAAUUAUAUAGACAUUAAAAUCAAAAACAUGCAAAAAAAAUGAGAUUUUUGCAUCCACAUCAUAUUACAUUGUAUUAUUUUGUGUCAUCUUAUGUUAUUACAUGGUUUUCCAAUAUGUUAAUCAUGUUACCUAUGAAAACAAAGUUAUUUAUUUUGAAACACUAACUGUGUUUUAAAGCUGAUACAGUGUAUGGCUCAUUAUUACAUUUUAAGACAAUAGUUUAAAAUCAAUAGUGCUGCCUUUCUAUGACUAUCUUUCCACAGAGUAUAGUUUUUUUAACAUCUGUUGUAUUUAAAGUUGAGAUGUUUUAGUGUUUGAUAGCCCUGAAAUUAUUAUGACAUAAUUAUUAGCAUUAACUCGUCCAUCUCUUCGUCUGUCUCCUCAGGUUCAGAAUCGUGCAGUAGUGUCGGCUCCUCGUCCAGCUCGCUCUCCCGUCCCCAGCUGUCCCUCCCACCUUCAGGCUCAUCCUGGUCCAACGUCCCCAAUACGCCCUUAAUCCAGCCGCCGCCUGACACCAGAGGUCCCAGACAGCCUGAGAUCAUUAAGAGUGUCCCUCCGCAGCUACCGUCAGCCACAGAAGCAACGAACUAUUAUGUAUUGCCGCUGGAAGCCUCAGGGAUACCACCUGGCAGCGUUCUGGUCAACCCGCACACAGGUAAAAGAAUCUAUUAAAAAUCUGCCUUAUUGACUGAAUCAGAAGACACAAAAAGAUCUUUAUUUUCCAAAGGCAGUGACCCGAUCUGAUUCGACCACAUUAAACCAAAGUUAAUUUCUCCCUCUAUAAAUCCUCCUGUCUUGUAAUUUUCUGCUGUCCUGCUGAAUAUUCAUGACUUGGGUGCAGAAUUACAGGCUGGGUUGAGGCUGCUCUCGGUUUGUCCAUCAAAUUAGUAGUCAGACCAAAGCGCGCUGAUCAAAAUGCAUUGAACAGAUGGGAAGAAUCUGUAAAUAUUCAUCAUCGGCCGAACUCACAGUUGUGCACUUUUGGGCAGCAAACUGAACUUCAAAUGCUGCCAAGGUUGUUAAUUUCCUGUUGACUCCCCUCUCUCAUGGACCGUGUUUGGCUGUGUCAGAGUGUUUCCUUUUGUAUGAUGCUGAAUUAGUAGUCUCUCUGAAGCCUCAUCAUUCUGUUUUUCUCACUCUAAUGAAUUUAUUUUGACAGGAAAGCCUUUCAUCCACCCCGAUGGCAGUGCUGUUGUUUAUAACCCGGCCGCUGUCGCCCCUGCAGCUGGCAGGAACCAGCAGCAGGGGAAAACCCCACAGCAGCCAAUCGCUGCCCCCAACCAACAGCAGCAAGCCAAUCACAUCCACUCUCAGGUGAGUAGGCGGGACCAAAUCAUUGAAGCGGAAUGUUUUUUUUUUUUUUCCCUAAUUCACAUUUAAUUAAGGGGACAGUGGUUUUCUAACUCACUCUAACCUCACUAACCUGUGGUGUUGAACUGUGUAGAAGGUGGGAGUUUCACUUAAGACAUUUCAUUGACCAUUUAAUAAACUCACAAACAGACUUCUCCUUUUGUUACUUCUUCAGAAUCAGAAACGAAUCAGAAAUACUUAAAUAAUCCUCAGAGGAAAACUGCUUUCGUUCAUACUCCAGUGCAAAUACAGUGAAGAGGAGAUAAAUAAUAGAUAAGGUAAAAGAUUAAAUACAUAAAAUAAGUAAAAAUAUAGAGAUAACAUAAAAGUAUUUACACUAAAAACAACACAAAUAGUGACAACGUAUGCAAAUAAAACAGUGAGCAGAGUCCAGGUAAAGAGUUUUUAAACCUUUACUAAGAAGUAAAAGCAGAAAAGUUUAAAGAUACAAUGAGGAACUUUACUUCUAGUGUUGAUUUUGGGGACCUCUCUGGAUGAAAGUGGUCAUAUUUGUUCUGGAAUAGAAAACUUUAUUUCCCAUCAGCACCAUUGACUACCGUCAAAAAGGUUGCUAUCAAGACAUAUCUGAGACUUGUAAAGAAUUAACUGAAAAUUUUAGAUAUCUUUUGCAGUCAGUGGCCAUAAAAUAUCGCAAUAACAAUGUUUUUGCAAUAUUUACUAAACGACACCAUCAGUCAAAUAAUUUCACUUGAACGUAAGAUUUUUUGAGGGCCGAAUCAGUGCGCUAGUAGUCUGCUACGUCUUCUUUGUAGGUCAUCACUUUAUGAUGUGUAGCAGCUAGCAUAAAAGACCUCUACAACUAAGUCAUGGUAUUAUCGUCUGCUUAUUUUUAGCACAAUAUCAGAAUUCUACUUGAUAUUUUACAACUUGUAGCGCUCAUUUUAGCUAGCUAUCUUAUCAGCUGGUGUCGAAAUAGCCUGCCUGUAUUAAUCUGCGUUCAGCCACAAGAAAUAGGGGACAAGUUUUGUCCUGUUUUGAAGUAGAUUUGGAGGCAAAAAUGACUUUCUGGGUUAUUUUUUUAACAAUAUCAUCAGAUAUAACACUAUCAAAAAUACAGGAUAUACUAUAUACUGUAUCAGAGUGAUCAAGAAGAACCGAACAGGAUACGUAGGGUUUAGUAAAUGGUCAAGUGAAGCUCCAGCCAUUAAACUAGCUUCCUCUGUCUUGUCUCAUCUCUUUCCCUCUGUCCAUCUCUCCUCCUCUUCCUCCUCCAGCCGAUCUGUCCUCCUUUCCAGCUGUCCUCUGAGCCUCUUCACAACCCAACGGUCUCGUAUCCUCUUCCUCCUCCUCCUCUUCCUCCUUCUCAGUUCCUGCCCGUCUGUCCUAACCAACAGUACACUGUGGUACAGAACUACUUUCCUUGCAUUUUAAUACCCUUCCCUCUGCUUCAUCUCCUGUCAGACCUGGCUCAUUAGGAGUUGAUUACAGAAUUAUAAUCUGAGCUGUUAAACUCAUGAAUUCAGCUCUGCUGCAGACGCCCAAUUAGUCUGGAAAAUUCUGCUUGGAUGGUGCCUAACUCAAGAAAUGCUCUUAGUGUUCAGGCUCAUUUUACACUGAUUUUAUCAUUUUAAUCUCUAAGUAUGUCAUCUAUCUGUAAAGUUGGAGUUUUGACCACACAGAUGAUGUCCAACAACGUAAUUUUACCUUUUAAACUUUCAUCGCAGAUCUUUUUAGUCCUCUGAAUUAAAUAUUUCAUUAUUUUGGACUGAAAGGUGUUUCUAAAUCUGGCCCCAGCCAUUCCCCUCAUAUAUAGAUCAUGCAUCCACUUAACCUCAUUUCUGACCUGGUUUGAGUGAAAUACAUGCCUCCGCGACUAAUUAUGCCUGUGGAAAGUUCUAUUAAUAUUUAAUUCAUCACCAGAUGUUUGCGCUGAAUAAUCCAUGACUAAAAACGCUACUUUUUCCAACAACAUGACAGGAAUGACCCGAAGUGGCGAGCAGUGGUGAUUGCGGAUAAAUAGUUCACUUCAUGGUCAGCUGCCCUCCACAGGCCCGGGUUCAGAUUUAAACCCCCUGCUUUUGUUUAAAACCUUCAAGUGAAAGUCAAUGAAGCGAACGUCUUUGAUUUCACACUUAGCUUGGAAAUCAGCUCCCUGGUGGACGAACUGUAUUGAGCAGCGUUAUCGAUUCAAAUGCAGCAUGACCCAGGUUCUGACUGUCAUUAACCCCUGUGCUGGAUAUUUGUGUAUCAUGACUCUCAAGUCCACUACGGAGCCCCUGAAGUCCUCAGAAGUCCCAUUCUUGAUCAUGUGUGCACAGGAGAAUGAACUUAUCCCCACAUGAUAAUAACUUGUGCAAACAACAUCAUGAUCUUGAGUAAGUUGUAAGAGCCUGUUGGCUUCUUGACCUCUCCUGACUUACCUUUUUUGUUUGCGUAAUUAGAUUGUAUGCCGUUUUAAAGGGAUAUUCUGGCAUAAAAUUAAUUUAGGGUCAAACACACCGUAACACUGAGUUAGACACCCCCUCAAGAGAUGAAUGUUGCCGUCCGCUUGCUUCUCUAGUUUUACCAACUUUAGUAACAACCGCAGGAUAGCAAUACACAGCGGUCUGAGGAGCCACAAACAAACCUCAACCAAAACUCCACUCUAUAGCCACAAAUAAUGCUCAGAACAGCAACUAACUUCAUCAACAGUAUAUAUAGGGUCCCAGCCACAGCACUAGCCACCAAACAUCUUUUUAACUUUGCCUAAUUUCUUCAGCAAAGAGACUAAACACAACUCACCUACUCUCUUCCAGCAGCCGCUUGUUUGUAGCGAGACCUUCAGGCGUGUCCGUUAUGGACUACAGUGGGGUGACGCAGCUCAAGAAAGAACAUUUAUGAUCAGUUCUUCAUGGAAAUGCAAUCAGAUUGAGACACUAAGGUAGAGGAACUACCGUGUCUGCAGUGCAAAAUGAUUAAUAUGGUGAUUAUUACUUCAAAGAAAUGAUCAUAAAUGUUCUUCCUUGAGCUGCGGCACCCCACAGCAGUCCGUAAUGGACUGUCCUGAGGUCUCACUACAAACAAGCGGCUGCUGGAAGAGAGAUGGUGAGUUGUGUUUAGUCUCUUUGCGAAAGAAAUCAGGCAAAGUUAAAAAGAUGUUUGGUGACUAGUGCUGUGGCUGGGACUCUGUAUGUACUUUUGAUGAAAUUAGGUGCUGUUCUGAGCAUUAUUUGUGGCUAUAGAGUGGCGUUUUGGUUAAGCUUGUGUCUCUCUCUGUAUUGCUGUCAUGCAGUCGUUACUUAAAUUGGUAUAACUAGAGAAGCAAGCGGUCAGCAACAUUCAUCUCUCGACGGGGUGUCUAACUCUGUGUUACGGUGUGUUUGACCCUUAAUUAAUUUUACGCCUUAAUACCCUUUUAAAUGUGUGCAUAAAUUUAAUGGUGCAAGCAAGUCACUCCUCUAAAAUCUUGUGCACACAUCAAACUUCAUUUCCUUGUGCUCACAGGAUCAUCAUCUGUGCAUGAUAUUAUCUAAAUGAAACCAGUUCAAUACCUCAUGCACAGUGGGAACAUGUAAUGAUCUUGUUCGCUCAAGAUAAUUGUUUGUGUCUUUUUCUCAUUUCUGAACUGAAGGGGGCUCCACAGUUUGCUUUGUCAUAAAUCUAACACUUUUUUGUCUCCCCAGCCUGACGCCCUCAACGCCCAGUUCAGUCACAUGACCUUGACGCAGCAGCCGCCCAGCGACAGCGGCGCCCCGGCUCACGACGCGCGCCACUUUCCCCCCGCCUACCACCCCCACCCCUCCUCUGUGAUGCUGCAGGGUGCCCCUCACCCUCCUCCUCCUCAGCAGCAGCAGGUUGCUAGCUACAUGGUGGCAGGGCCAUCAGGAGGACAUCCAGGGGUGCUUCAAGGUCAGCCUGUCCCCCUCCAGCCCCCAGGUCCCGGUCACACUUAUCCCAGCUCCACGCCGGGCCCUUCUGCGUUCCCGGGCGCCACGCUGAACCAGCAGCUACUGCAGCAGCACGCGUACAUCCAACAGCCUGUGCAGCAGGUAAAAAUCACUUGGAAUCAUGCUAGGUGAUGGUAGCUGUUUGAAAACACGGUGAGCUGUCUGCAGGUUUCAGCCAUGAGUCACUCCUGCAGUGGAAACCAGCUCUAUGACUAAUCCUUCAUUUCUCCUGUUGCUGGGAAAUGUAUUCAAAUGGGACUUGCAAUGUGUCACCCAGGCCUUGAAUUGGUGUUGUGCGUUUUUUAUUACAGAUAUCCGCGUGUUACUGCUCUUCAGCCCACCACCCCCACUGCUCUGGCCAGCAGCAGCAGCAGCAGCACUACAGGCCCCCACUCAACCCACUGUCCUAUAACUGCCCACAGAGCCAAAACCUGCCCCAGCAACAAGGUAUGAACACCUUUUGAUUUCAGUUUCUUGGCUGAUAAUCUACAGAGCUAUUCUCCUAUUUUUUUCUGGGUAAAUUGCGAACUCAUCUUGGUUCACCCAAACCGGCAGGUUACCUUUUCUUCCUUUCAGAUUUUUAUGAUUAACCAAAGCAGCUCAUUCAGAAAGUUCCUGGACAAAUCAAAAUGAGGUCCGCGGCCUCUGAUGUUAAGCAACCCAUUCUUUUAAUGGAAUUUCACCUCACAUUAUCAAGAGAAAAGCUCAGCCUUGAUUUUCUCUCACCAAAAGACUUUUCUAACUUCCCACUUUCAGGCCUUAGAAAGUGUUUUAUUGCUGCUGUUUGUCUGUUUCUACACAUGGGAGCAACGUCAGCCGCGGCCCGACGGCUCCACUGAAGGACAAACAUUUCUCCCUUUCUUUCCUCUGUUUAUUUGUUUCCCUGAGUUCAGAUGUCUCCCCGGGAGUCAUCCACUUGAUUAUUCUGUUUCGCUCUUUUUUUUUUUUUCUUUUUCUUCGUUUUUUUUUCUUUACUUCCCCAUCACCACAGGAGCUGAGAUUGUUAGCUCCUGCACGGUCUUUCUUUCACACUUGCACACAUGCGCUCUUGCUUAACUGGAUGUAACAUUGCAUGCGCGCACACACACACACACACACACGACAGUAAGUGGCUGCGGCACUAUUCUGUCAUCUGUGGGCUGCAAAUGUGGCUUCCCUGCUGGGGAUCCGGGGAAUAGACAGCGGACAAAUGAAGCUGACCUACAAAGGCAAAGGACAGCAAUUAUUUCUCCAGGAUAAAAGAGGGGAAAAAAGUGACUCAUUUCCCUGCUGUUUUUUGCUUUAAUUAAAAAAAAAAUCGGAGUAAAGGUGAAGACGCUGCGGCGAAGGUAAUAAAUAAGUUAUCAGCGUGUUUUUCUGUGAUGGCUCAGUUGUCGUUCAGAGAGAAACCUGCGAGGUGUUUCACCUCACUUGCAUCAGACAGUCACCUCCACCACAGAGCUUUGGCUUCAGUCAUGGUCACUCUGAGGAAGAGGCAGCUCGUAUUGAACCAUAUGAGAGGAAGGAUUUGUCUUCCUUCCUCUUCGCUGCUACAGGAUGCUGGAGUUUAGUGAAGGUGCUUUGGAAGUAAACUUAAAACAAAAAUCUUUUUUUUUUUAUAAAUUCAGUGCAGGACUUUAAAAUUUCUGCCUAUUAGACCGUUGUGUGAAAUGUGCCGCUUGUACAUUUGUAGUUCUAGUUGUAUUGACCAAUCACACAUCAGCAGGUAACAUUCGAACUAGAGGGCAAACACAGACAGGCUUUACUCCGCUGUACUGACGUCCUAUUGACGGCGACUUCUUUGUCUCCACUGUUGGAUAUCUGUUUGCAAGAGCAGCUAAAAAGUUCAGCUAAAGCGAACAAUCUAUUGAACCUGUCACUAAAGAGUUUCAAAAGUUAUUUUUUCUCCUCCAGAGAGCAGACUUAAAAAGCUUUCACUUUAAUUUAAUCAGGAAAUCUUUUUCUUCUUGUGAGCAAGAGAAAGUCCUCUGUGUAGCUUCAGAUUCACAGUGAAGCUGAGACUUAUCGGAAACAAAUGAACUAGGGCCCAACUGAUACAGAUUUUUUGGGGCCGAUACGAAUUAUAAGGUGGGGGGGGGGUCUGAUUACCGAUCAAUCGGGCGAUUUUUUUAAUUUUUCAUGAAGUUAUAAAAAAAUAUAUACUGUAGAUAUACUGUAGGUUACUGCUCUUCACACCGACAGGAAGACCGACUGAUCAAACUCGGACUAGAAAAGCGUUUUCAACUACCCCCCGCACCAAUCGGUUUCUCUGCGUCCAAACUCACGUUACACAUUUCCCGUCCGGUCUCAUCUGGAGACAUGCAGCUGCCUGAGCAAGAGAAGUAGCUCGAUCACGUAAUGUGUACUGUUGUUUAUUCUACCGUUACUGGCACGGCUAACAGUAUAGCAAGGCUAAUAGCAGAUGGCUAACUCUAACUUUAGCUUGCAUAUUACAUGGUGCUUCACCGUUAACUCGGCGUGACCAAGACCAGCACAGUGAAGAACAUAGGAAACAUCGUGAAGUGGGUUGAAAUGAAACUUCUUGACUUAUUGUGUGUUUAACAAACUAGUUCAUUUACUGUUGAGGCGGACCACUCUCCUCCGUGCGUCCCUGAGCUGCCCACUUCAGAUCCGUCACUCUGCUGUGCUGUGAGGUAGUUAGUGGAUGAAGACUGUCAUGAGGUCACUGCGCCAUCUACAGGAUAAGUUGGGGAACUUUUCAAAUGGCGGAACAUUUUCGAAGUGAAACCGAAUCUUAUCCUCUGCAUUUUAUUUCUGAAAAUAUCGGCGAAAAUCUUUUGGCCGAUUACCGAUAAGUCUCAAACAGGCUAAAAUUGGCCGAUUAAUUCAGCUCACCAAUAAAUCUGUCGGGCCUUAAAAUGAGCAGCUGAUACUGUGAAGAUGUGGAGAACCAGAAACUUCAAACAGCAAACAGUUGCUGCAGUGUAGACAGUAAAGCAUAUGAAAUCGUGGUGUUAACAACGAAACUGAGACUUCGAAGAAUGUGAGAAAUCAAGAGAUCACCUGCAGACAAAAAUUGAGGGUUAAAUUCCCUCUUUUGAUUUAGAAGUUUGCAGAUUGAGUCGCUGAGUAUAAACAAUGCAAAAAAAAAAAGCCUUGUGUUUACAGAGCGCAUCUGCACAGAAGUGAAACAACGUUCAUUUCUGCGUUAUCCUCUCCAAAUAUCCUCCUCAGGUUUAAUUAUUUGCUGCUUUUUCUUUGUAAUGUAUCACCACAAACUGAAAUUGCGAUCUUGGACAGAUGGCAGAUAAAGCACCGGAUUAAAAACGACACCCCAGGAGGCUUUUAAAGGCAUUUUUCAUCAUUUCCUGACACUUCCAGACACAAUGAUUGAAGGAGAAAUUAAUUAUGCUGUUAAGUCGAUAAUGGAAGCCAUCAGAUGCAAUCUUAAUGGCAGGAUAGUUAAACAUUAUCGCUGCAAGAAUAAGAAAUAUGCCAAGUCAUGACAUAGUGUGCUUGAACACUGGAUGAUGGGACCCCUACAGUAUUUAUAAUGGUUCAAAUGAGGCGGAUCCAGCAGCUUUAUUCAGCGGUCUGACUGAUUUUAAGUGUGAAUGUUUGUUUUCCGAAGCAAAGAGGGGAAAAUCCUCCGAGUCUGAGCGGCGGGAUGCGGGGCCGGGACGCUGUCUGAGAGGCCUCUAUGAAUCUCACAGUGAACCGGUCUCUUUUCCAGCCUCUCACUCCUCACCUGCAGCGCGCCGUAGCCUCGAAAAUGUCAUCCUCUUAAACCAGGAUGGGCAACGACGCUUGCAUGAUACAGGGAGAGCGGGUCAUUAUCCUCAGAAGUCAUUUCUUAAGUUAGAAAAAAAAAAAAAGUCCCGCCGCCCUGAUUGUGCCUCCUGGAAUGGAAUAAAAUGGUUGCGUUUGAUAUUAUGGUCAUUUCAUGCUUGGUUUGUAAGUGAAGGUGGGAGGCGAGGGUGGAUAAAAAUAGUCCCUCCCGCUCUCCAUUCCUCGCGGAGCACUUUCAUUGUCUAGUUGUACUUUUUCCUUCCAGGGCGGCGGACUGUAAAGACACCUUCACAAAAGGAUGUCCUCUCCUUUUGUCACCGGGAUUACUGCGUGUGUGUGUCACAAGGGACAGUAUUUUCAAACGUCUCUUUUUGUCACCUUGACAUUUGAGGGCCUGAUUCCCUCACCCCCCUCGGGGUAGGACUAAGUGCCGCCAUUUUAGGCCACUUGGAAGAUGGACGGCUCCCUCUCACUUAGUUUCUUCUUCGCCGGGUGAUUUCACAAGAGCGGCGAAAAUAUGAUCCUUUUGACCAGUUUAGUUCUUGAAUUUAAUUACCCGUUGAAGUGGGCGUUUGUGUUUCUUUUUCAGAUGUAUUUUUCUGGCAGAGGAGUGGCUCGUCCACUCAGUCUGCAGGUCCAGGCCACCGCAGGCGAAAUCAGAUUUAUUGACUUUCUCAUUUAUUCCAAGUGCCUCAAACCUGCUUAGCUGUAACAGCUCAACUCACCGAGCCCUGACUCUCCAAAUCUUUCAAUCUGCCACUCGCUCUAUUGUUCCCCUCCUAAUGACAGGCGCAUUUCCCUUUCAAAUCAUCAGAAUCUCCAGCUCUCGAGCUUUUAAUAUUGGCCGUGACUCAGAGAAAUCAUGAAUAUUAAUCCCAGUGUUUUAAUUUUAUCACAAUGUUCCCGUCCAGAGAGUCUUUUCACUCGGUCACAGCGUCCUGCCUUUUUUCUCCUUUCGCCUCAGUGCACCAAGCCGUGAUGCCAAACCCAGCGUCCAACUACCAAACCGUAGUGGGCGUGCAGCCAACAGCCAACCUCGCCCUCACUGGCAACCAGCAAAGCAAUAUGGGCAACCAGAUGCAAGGCAUGAUGGUCCAGUACCCUCCAAUGCAGUCGUAUCAGGUAUUUUGACUCAUGAUUUAAAGCGUCUAUUUUUCCAACACCCUUUCAAAAUAAAAGCAUGCGUUUGAUCUGUUUCCCGCUCUUUUUUUCCCCCACAUUGCAGCAGGUUUCUGUGCCACAGCAGACGUACCAGCAGCCAGUGUUUGUGUCCUGUCAGCCGGGCCAGGGAGCGGUGGCGGUCGCUGGCAUGCAGCCCUGCUACAGCCUGCUGCCCCCCAACCAGCACACCACCAUGAGGUACGAGCCCCAGCGCGCAUAGCUACAAUUAACUCGCUGUUAUUGUGUUCGAAGAGUCAGAAUGAAGGAUAGAUAACUUCAUCUAGAGUUGAGUAAAGUCUUCAAGCAUUCUAAUAGACAUGAAGUGACUCACUCCUCAGUCAGGUUUGGAAAGCAGAGGCUGCAUAUGUCCACUCCCACCAUCAUUAAGCACAGGUUUAACCACAAAGAGAAUAACAGUUUUGAAAGGACAGAUAACAAGCCGGAGCUUUUGUUUACACAAACCUAAUUAUGUUCCAAAUAGCCUCUAAAGAUGAGUUAUGCGGCCCAAUUCCUAAAUAUUUGUAACAAUUGAAUCAAUACUUUGAUGUAUGGGAGUAAUUAGUUAAUACAGCCGCUUUUUGUUUGUCUCAAACAUGAUUAAUUUCAUGUGGAGGUUUGCAUUGAUCCAUUUACGGGCUAUUGUAAAGGUCCAAAUGAGCUGUCGAAAAGUGUGUUCAACUUUUCCUCUAAACUAAUUCGAGUCAUGUUCACUAAGGUUGAAAAAAAAACUGAGAUUGUGCGGAAGUGCAAAAAAGUGCAGUUCCUCAAAUGCCCACAAGGAUAUUUUCUUUGCUGCUGCUCUCCCUGCCUCCAGAACAAAGCCACACCCCCUUUAGACUCCGAUAACCAAGUCUACAUCCAGCCUCUCUAAUAAUAAACUCCUGCUCCUCUUGAUUCUUCCCUAAUGACAGAUGAAGCAGCUUAAACCCGGUAAGCCAGUAGAUGCCGUUCCUCCCUCCUACCUAAAGUUGCCUCUUAAAUCUAGACCGAGCAGGCGUAUCUGUGAAUCCCCAGAUCACUGAGCAGAGGUCAUCUUUGUUCAGUCUGAGGGGGGAAAAAAAUGAAGUUAUUACUACACCGCUCCUGGUGAAGUAGGUCUGGGGUGUAGCUGAUGAAUGUCCACUCUUGACAGCCUCUCGAAAAGCUUUAGUCAUUUUCCUCCAUUACUCCUCUGCCGUGGUGAAGUGUGGAGCACCAUAUUCCCUCAUUAUAAUCUGAUUGAUAGAACUAGUUCACAGAAAGCAAAACAUGUAAUUAGUUUCUACCUCCACGGACCCAAUCAAUCUGGAUACCGGUGAGAGGAGCACUACUGGGACUCGUGUGCGCACUCGUAUACACAACAACCCCCAGACAUGAACACAGCCAUCACCUGCAGGAGAACAAUGCAAAGACACACACACACACACUCUCUCUCUCUCUCUCUCUUUAUGAGGAGAGGUCACUCUCUCAUUGUCCCAGCUGUAAAACGAGGCUACUUUAGUAGGCCAGUCAGCGAGGAAGUGAUUUAUGCGGCAAGUGCUGGAGCGGCUCAGUCGUCUCCCGCGAGGGCCGACUGUCCACCUGCAGCCUGCUUUUCCACCAGCUGUACACGAGUCCCCGCAGGCAGGUAGCUCACAGAGCCGAGCGCAGCUACUCCACAGAUGGAUUUAAAGUUUAAAUUUCAAAUUUAAUACCCCAACUGCAGCGCUAAGAUCUCCCGGCUCCCGGAGAUUUACGUCUGUGCAGGUUUAGGAGUGAUUAUUGAGACCUACUUAGGUAUGAGCAUCGUAAUGUACUAGUUUUUCUCGAUCCAAGAGAGGUUUCAAUGAUUUAUUAAGGGAUUUUAUCAGAAAUUGUUUCUAGGAGAGCUAAAUUUAAAUCCUUGAGUAUUGAAAGCAUUAAAAAAAACGGUUAAAAUAUCAAAAAUUCCAGGAAUUAAGACGCAUAUUUUUUGUUUUAUCCUAGUAGCAUUUUUGCACUACGUUAUAAAACAGCAGAGCGCUUACAGAGUUUUUUUUAUCUUAAUUUUCUAAACACUUUGUUCGCUUUCCGUUUUAUCAUUCACAGUUCAACAGUGAGUUUCCUGCCCGCGCCCAUGAUGGAGCAGCUCCAGUUUCCUCAGACCUCGUCCCCCUGCGUCACCCAGCAGCACCCGGGUCAGCAGUACACAGGUACGUUCCCCCCCUCUGAGGACACACCCAGAGCUCUGCGGCACAAUCAGGCAGUAAUUCCAGAGUAUCUGCUUUCCAGCUUCUGACAUUAGCUGCCCUGGAGAUUCCCCAUCACUGCCAGCACUUCGGCAUCCUUUAUUUCCCCCCAUCUCUCAGUGUCAAUAACUGCAGAAUGUAUUCCUACACAAGCUCCGACCCGGCCUUCUUAAUGAAAUAAUCUUCCCCGGGUUUACUCCGCCAUUGUGCGCUCGUGAUUAGAUUUACGCUGCGGAUUUUCGAAAUAAAAAAAAAAAAAAAAAAAAGUGAGGCGCGGUGAUGACGGCUCCCUGGAGUUUGGGAUAAGUGAAAGUGAUUUGCACAUCCACCUUUUUCCUGCAGAGCUGCGCAGAGAUUAAACAGCGAGCGGGGUCCACUGCAAUUCGCUGUCUGGUAGAGUUAAGAGGGAGUAAAGUAAGAAAUCUCUGUCAUCAUAAUUCUGAGUGUAGUAUACACAUGAUAGCAGCCAAUCAUGUCAAAUUAGUCAAGAAAAUAUGUACAGAUAAUUAUGUACAUGAGAUACUUGUAAGAGUAUUCAUGAAUCUGUAGAAAUUUACCAUGACAACCAAACCGUCAAUGUAAACAGGUGGCUGACACAUAUUGAUGUUGGUAUUUGACUGCAUAACAAAGGCUGUCAGUGAUGACGCUUUAAUCCAGAUACCACAUUUUUCAGACUAUAAGGCGCACUUAAAAUCCUUAAAUUUUCUCAAAAAUUGGCAGUGCGCCUCAUAAUCCAGCGCGCCUUAUGUAUGAUUACUUGUUGUGCUGACUGACUGAUUUUAAUUGGAACAAUGCCCUCAAAAAUCUGUCAAUGUUUAAGUACGACUUUGAUAAGCAACAAAACUGCUCCACUCAAUGGAUAUUUGGAACAUAACGGAACGCUGUGUCACUACCUGAUCAGCCCCGUAACAGGACCCCUGAACAGUCUACAAGACUGCCUGACUGUAAUGUCUAAACUAAAAGUGCAUUCAUGUAAUGCAGCCCGGGCCCGGAGUACGCGCUAGCAACGAUAAACCAAUCAAUGCUUAAUGCGCCUUUUGUGUAAACAUAGACAUGCUAAUUCACAGCGCACCGUAUACCGUAUUUUUCGCACUGUAAGGCGCACUCAAAAUCCUUUUGGCUUGCAGAGCACUGCAGCUACCGUAGCCUAGCUGAGUUAUUGAAUGAGUUAAAUAAAGUUUGAUUUAUCCGACUGUUUUGUUUGGCUUAAUGCGCUUUAUAAUCCGGUGCGCUUCAAUAAUCCGGUACAUUUUAUGUAUGAAAAUAGACUCGAAUAGACGCAUUCAUUAAUGGUGCGCUUUAUAAUCCGGUGCGCUUCAAUAAUCCGGUGCGCUUUAUGUAUGAAAAUAGACGCGAAUAGACGCAUUCGUUAAUGGUGCGCUUUAUAAUCCGGUGCCCUUCAAUAAUCCGGUACAUUUUAUGUAUGAAAAUAGACUCGAAUAGACGCAUUCAUUAAUGGUGCGCUUUAUAAUCCGGUGCGCUUCAAUAAUCCGGUACAUUUUAUGUAUGAAAAUAGACUCGAAUAGACGCAUUCAUUAAUGGUGCGCUUUAUAAUCCGGUGCGUUUCAAUAUCCGGUACAUUUUAUGUAUGAAAAUAGACUCGAAUAGACGCAUUCAUUAAUGGUGCGCUUUAUAAUCCGGUGCGUUUCAAUAUCCGGUACAUUUUAUGUAUGAAAAUAGACUCGAAUAGACGCAUUCAUUAAUGGUGCGCUUUAUAAUCCGGUGCGCUUCAAUAAUCCGUUGCGCUUUAUGUAUGAAAAUAGACGCGAAUAGGUGUGUUCAUUGAUGGUGCGCUCUGUAACCCGGUGCAACUCAUGUAUGGAAAUAGACGCGAAUAGACGCGUUCAUUGAUGGUGCGCUUCAUAAUCCGGCGCGCUUUAUAAUCCAGUGCACUUUAUGUAUGAAAAUAGACACGUUCAUUGAUAGUGCACCUUAUAAUCCGAUGCGCCUUAUGUAUGAAAAUAGAAAUAGACGCGUUCAUUGAGGGUGUGCCUUACAAUCCGGUGCGCCUUAUAAUUCGAAAAUUACGGUAAUCUAGUGUGCCGUAUCACCCAAAAAAUACGGUAUAUCUUUUUUAAAUCACAUGCCAUUUUGUCCCUUUUGGCUUACCAUAGUCAAGCUGCUGCAGUGUCUUCUUGCUUCCUUCUGCUGUCAUAAUGACUUCAAUGUGCUUUUGAAAACAUCCCUAGUUUGGUGUUUCGGCGCUGAAUGUUCUGAUGCUGCACAUCUUCACUAAGUCAGUAUGUAAUAAAAGACUUUGAGGAGAUCCAGAGGUGAAAUACCAAGUGGCUCCGGGAAGAAAGAGGAGAAAUUUUUUUGCAUAACAUUUCCGAGGAAGUUAGAAAGAAUCAAAUCUCCAUAAUUGCCAUCUUUUCAUGUAUUGCCUUUUUUGUAUUGGCCUUUCGAGGACUCGCGGAGUCUCCGUCCAGAAGCCCAGGUGGGGCAGUCUCCUCACUAAUGACCUUUAUUAUUCAUGUCGGAUUAUUACGGGCGCACGACGGAGGGAGCCAUCAUUUCCAGCACAUCAGUAAUGAGGUCAGAUGAAGGUCUCGCGACGGCCUCACCUACAGCGUCACCAGUAAACAUUUUUAAUUGGCGAGGCUGGGGCCAGAAAUAAUCUGCAGAUUAAGCCCCCCCAAAAAAAAUCCACCGUCCUCGCUACUGUUGUUUGGACAUAAUUCAUAAAUCAACAUCGGCGUGGGCUAAGCUAAGUCUUCAAUAUGAUUAGCAAUUUGUGUGAAUUUUGAGUACACACAGGAAUUAAUCGGAUAGACGGUGGCGAGUUUUUCGUAAAGGUCACCCGCCGGUCAGCCUGUGAUUGUUUGUUUUCUUUUUAAAGUCACAUCAGUCACGUUCAUGCGUCACAAACUAAUAAGAUAAUUGGAUCUCCGGGAUCAUUGCAGAGGAUUUAGCAGCAAAUGGGAAUGGACUGUUAUUGCCACUACGGAUGUGCCCUUAUAAUUAAGGCACUUAAGACCUAAUUGCUUGGCGGCUAACGGUAUGAGAGCAGUAUUAUAGUGAUGAGGUGAAUGCAAGCUGGAAACAGAGCUUUUGGGCGCAAACACCGAGUCUGUCAGUUUACCCCGGUGCAUAAAUAAUAAUGAGUUCAUUUGAAGAGUGAAAUUAGAAUAAAUAAAUGAAACCUUUCACCGUCUUCUCCACACUUCCUUUCAUGCCUGAGCUCGCUUUUGUUUUUCUUCCCGCUCUGUAUGCUCGCAGGGUUGUUGCCCCCGGCCCCCGGCGGUGGCAUGGUGAUGCUGCAAAUGACAGGGCCCCCCUGCCAGCAGCCCCGGGCCCCCUCCCCCUGCCAGCGUAAACAGCCCAGCCACAAACACCAGGGCCCCGAGCACCCGCGCAGCCGCAGGCCCGCUGAGCUUCCCCCACCUCCAGACAGCACCCAGGUACAAACACUACACAGACUAGGAGGAAGACAACCAAUCAAAGCGGGGGCAACUUUUCAAACAACAGAAAGUUUCAGGCUCUGAAGUGAGAAGAUUGUAACCUUUAAAAAACCUUAUUAAGGGUGACUUAUGUUGUAGGAAAUAUGUAAUUAGUUGGUGGCCCAGAGGUUUCACCAUGACAACAACAGUUCCCAAAUUUCAUAUUUAAUUAUACGCCGGCGCAGGUAAUGUUCGCUGUACUAGACUAUACAAAACAUGCCAGAAAGUUAGGAUGGUGGCAAGAAAGCAAUUUAAGAGCCAAUUAUGUUUGGUUGUCUGAGUCUGACAGUGACGCGAGAAUCGUCCCCUUGAGCCAAACCGGGCCUCUCCAGCGCUUCAGGCAGGUGAAAUGUCGAAGCAAAUAGGCUCUGCAAAUGAAGUCAACGCCGGCGUAAACUGAAAAUGAGGAGAAAAUAGUCCUCAGCAUUAGGGUGUAAUGGUACAUUAAGGGAGCUAAUGUGGAUGAAAUGGUACAUUAAAGCACCCGCUUGAAAAACCAGAAUGACUUUGCAGAAGAGAGGAGAAACGCCUCGGUUGCUUUUUUUGAAUGAAAAUGUUUGUGUUCCCUCCCUUCUCUCUCCCCCCCCCCGAAAAUCUCUCGCCGCACCGACGGUGUGUUGUGUGUAGAGCAGCUUGCCCUCGUCUCCGGCACUCACUCCUUCGCCAGGACAGCCAUCCAGCGUCAAGGGCCUCCCAUCAGGCAUCUCGUCCAUCCCUGUCAUGGCCCACCACCCGCACCACCACCACCACCACCCGCAGCUCCCUACAGCUUUCUGCCACAGUGGACAAGGUCAGAGACUCUCAGGACUAAGUCACAGAAGUCGGUGUUGGAGUUUUAUCUGCGCCUCAAACCUGCGUUCAGCGGAGUGAUUCAAGUUUAUGCAUUCAUGUUAUUUAAACAGACGGUUUUCUUCUCUCGCUUAAGCUAACAUGGCGUAACAUCCAGUCGCAGUUGGAUUAGGACAUUUUCUAAUUUUUCUUCUCACUGGAAGCAGAGGGAGGAAACUACCAGGCUAACUCGUACCACGAGUCGUAGGAUGGAGGCACAGAUAUAGCUCUUUGUAAAGCUACGAUAGAUUUUCUGCCUUUUGUUUCCGCUGAUCUGAAAUCUCCUCGUGUUUAGGUGAAGCGCACUACUCCCUCUUGGGCCAGCCUCUGCAGUACAAACCCUCCAUCAGACCUCCGCUGAUCCACGCCGCCCACAUGGUGGCCAAACAUCAGGUGGGAUACACGCUGUGUUGCUCUUGAAUCGAACGAUACGAUCACCUCUCUUACCUGUUUUGUUUUGAAGGGGGUUUUAAAAUAUAGAUAUUAAAGUCUCCUUUGGUUCAUGAUUAAUUUAAGAUUUCAGGUCUGCUAACCCCUCUCGUCCUUCCAAAAAUAACCCCAGCCGUUAUUCUCUGUCUCCUCAGGGUCCACUGGGGGUUUGGCGUAGCGGUCACGGGAGGAAGGCCAGCAGAAAACCUCUGUCUUCAGAUCUCAGUGUAGGUCAAGCAGGUAAAAGGAAGUCCAGAGGGAGGCUUGAGUUAAGUGAACCUUGAGUUUAACGGCAGUCAGUUUUAGUUCCCCGACCGAAACGUGACCCUCCUUUUGCAGGAGGAGAGUAAAUAUUGUAAAAUAUGUGGGGGGACAGGCAGACAGGCAGGCAGGCGGGUUUUCAAGCCCCUGAGUGAAACAUCAGGCUUUUUGAUGUCAAUCAGAACGCUCGUGUUCAGAUUCAUCCUGAUAAACCGGGCUGCUGUGUCGCCUAUUUAGCAGAUUAACCGCAAUAACGUCAGGUCUUUUUUUCUUAUUGUGUCAAAAUGUGCUUGCUGCGCUCCGUAGCUGUGAAGAAAAAGCGCCUGUUUGUGAUUGUAAGCAGAAUAAAUCACAGACAGGGCAGAAUUCACACCUGGCAGUGGAACCUGCAGCCCCGGCGGUAUUGUGCAGCAGGAAAUGUGCUGAUUAUUUCGAAUAUGGCGGCGGAUUUUUUUUUCUUUUUUGCUCUCGCUGAAUUUUUUUUUUUUGUCUGCAUUAUUCAGGUGCUCUUGUCAACAAUCUCUCUAGUACAACCAACAAGGAAAGGGUGUGCAGCUGGAUAUGUUGUGCGUGAAGUGUCAGGGAAAAGUUCAACAAUACGUCGCCGCCUCUAAAAUGUCACACUUUCUGGGAAUGAGAAAAGCACCUUUCUGGACCGACAAUAAUGCCUUUUUUUUAACGCAGCACAUAAAGAAUCUGUCGGAAAAAAAAUUGAGCUACAUUCUCUAAUUUUUGACCGCCCUCCUGCCUGAAGCUCUAAAGCUGACAGCAGCAGUUUAUUGAAGCCUCCCGAUGGCACAGGUCUGAGUUUUCUCCUCACCCAUGACAGUUGUUUUAUUUACCCGGAUGUUCACAGAGCUGUCUGUGUGUGUGUCUGCAGUAAGCAGCCAGAGCCUGGAAGUGACAGAUCCUCCGCAGGGGAUCGGCUGUACAGACUCCCACCCCCUCCUGGCAGAGCUGUGCAAAGGGGGCGAAUUGAUCCAGCGGCUGUCGGACCAUCAGCCCGGGCUGCGCAACCCAACCAGAGACGCUCCCAGCGGACACCUGGCCCCAUCAUACUCCAUCUUUGCCAUUCUUCCCUCCAGAUACAAUAACCCCCAGGCCAACUUUAGGCGCCGAACUAGUACCAGACACAAAGGGGAGCUGUGUGACUCCAACAAGGCCAGCUCAUAG